AUGGUGGCCGCCAAGAAGACGAAAAAGUCUUUAGAAUCCAAAAACUCUAGGCUUCAGCUGGUUAUGAAAAGUGGUAAAAAUGUCUUUGGAUAUAAACAAACUCUGAAAAUGAUUCGACAGGGCAGAGCCAAGUUGGUUAUCCUAGCCAAUAACUGUCCUGCUUUGAGAAAAUCAGAAAUUGAAUACUAUGCUAUGUUGGCCAAAACUGGUGUGCAUCACUACAGUGGCAACAAUAUUGAACUGGGAACAACUUGUGGGAGGUACUACAGAGUAUGUACACUUGCUAUAAUUGACCCAGGUGACUCUGACAUCAUUUAGAAGCAUGCCAGAACAAACCAGUGAGAAGUAAAAUUAAUAAACUUUACAUUUUGUGUA